GAGCAGCAUGUGUCAACUUACCAAUCAAUUGCUCAGGGCUUUCGUUCCGGACGUUCUGAAGGGUUGUGAAAAAUCCGCCAAGCCUAUCUAUCUCGAGCUCCUUCAUCAAAGCCUCCGUGGCUGGUUGUCCCGGAGUAAAGUCCUCUGGGAGUUCUUCCUCCUCAAAUCCCUGUAACAUGGAUACCAUGUCAUCAGUGGCGGCGUAGUACUAUUCGCCGUCCACUGAUUCUUGAUAAUACAAUCCCUCAGGGACGAAUCUGUCCGAGCUUCUGGCUCUUGUCAGGAUCAACUCAGUUUGGUCACUGGCAUCGUCAGUCUGCUCAACCUUUGGUUCUGGGGUCUUCUGCCCCUCGCACCCAAGGUUAGUGUUCUGAUGCUCGACACUCGGGAUAACUUGAGAGUUGUUCGUGGCGGCGAUCAAAGAUUCAUUCAAGGCGACUUUAUGGGGCGGGAGCUCAAAGUCCUCCGUCAUCUCUCGCAGCAAUCGCUGUUCGUCCAACUCUUUCGGUUCGUCUGCGGCGAUCGAUUUCGUUUCAUCGACGUUUGGUCCAAGCAGCCCUACGCUACGAAUUCGAUCAACAACUGCAAGAGAACUUCGGUGGCGGGCAUAUGCCUCCAGCUGACAGUCAGACGUCUGAUCUCGGUUAUGUCUUGGCCAAUACCACAGCAAACUUACCUCUUCAACAGUCUCGACCUCUGCAGGGUCUCCUCCGUGCUGCCAGGUCCGUGGUGGGUGAACGUCUAGGAGCCGUUAGUUUGUACGAGAAAAAGACUUGUGGAAACUUACCGUUGGUUGUAUCACGCUCGACUGGUUCUUUGCCUGAUCGGCCAACUUCUUGCGCAACUUGAUUCUGGUUGGCGUCACCACCAGUAUCUUGGUUCAUGGUUCGGUCAGAUCGAGUCUUGAUUUCAACAAGCUGCGCCUGUUUGUUCUCCAUGUGAACUGCCUUAGCAACCAGAGCGUCUUUGCUGGUGGGUUCAUUGCGCACUUGUUGGUUGUGGCCUUGGUCGUGAGAAUAUAAGGCCGGAGCCAUUGCAGGCCGAGGGAGGAGAUUUUGGUCCAUCGAAACAUCAAACUUUGACGGAUAUGACUGGAGGCUUGGAGUCUUUGGGGAAACAGGGGUCUUGUGAACCAUUUCCUGCGUGGCAGUGUUGAGGUCGCCAGAGAACUCUCGAAUAAGCUGGCCCAUUUCGUUUUGCCCAACUGGAAGCUUCCAAUCAAGGCCCUUGAAUGUUCUAUCCUGCCUGUAAAACUGCUGUUAGUGUUCUCGAUCACGCUGAAUACAUCUGCAAAGAAUACUUACUCGACAAUUUGAUUGGCAAGUUGCGCAUCACUCUGGCUGAGAUCUUGCGAGGAGGAUUGGGAAUGGCUCUUGGUAGAAGAUUCCGACUUGGUCUUUCCAAUCAGCAGUGUUCUCAAUCGAGGAGAUAGUCGGCCCUUGCGUUUCAACUUUCUGUUCCCAUCACUCUUGGCUUUUGCUUCUUCAUCAGACCCGUCGCUGCCCAUGAACAUGCUCAAGACAGAUCUCAAUGAAAAUUUUGACGACGAUUUACUCGUGAGAUCGUUGUUGUUUGUCUGUUCUUGCCCAGGGUUCUCGUUCUGUAGAACAUUCUCCUCCUGUCGAGCAGUCUCCUCCUGUCGAGCAUUCUCUUCCGGUCGAACAUCCUUUUCCUAUUUAGUAAUGUAUGUCCGUAGAUCAAUGCGCUCUCGCU